AUGGAACAAGAGGUAGAGACUUUAUCAAGGUCGCUGGGCCAUCAAUGGUCGUAUCAUGGUCGCUGGACAGACUUUUGUUGAUCUCCAACAUAUCUACGACAAGUCUGUGCUCUGUGUUCACCUUCAGCUAGUUACAGAACAAGAAGAAAAUGUAAAGAUCAAGUGCCUUAUUCAAUUGAUUCAGAAUGUACUUCCUAUCAAGUUAAGAAACAGAACUCAUUAAAUUCCAAAGAACACAUUGGAAAUUGGUUAGGUCCAGAUCUUUCUCUUGAUACACCUGAUAGACCUAAUCUUCCAGAUGCAAUUCGCAAAAAUGGAAUGAAAUAUUUCCUUGGAAAUGGAGCAUUUGGGACUGUCUUACGAGGAAAUUAUAAAGGUGGUUUGGAAACCAAAAUAAAUAUAUAUCCAAAUAUGGUGUUAUAAUAAUUCUUAAAACUACUUAAUUCUAGGAAAAGAAGUUGCGGUUAAAAUUGUGCCAAAAAUGAAAAUUUCUUCAUUGAAGAGUGAAAAAAAUGCUUUACACAUUAGUCAUUUAAAUAUUAUCAAAAUUUUCAAGAUAGUAAAUGAGCAGGAUUAUGGCUUAGUAUUUAUGGAGAGAAAUUUUGGGCCCAAUAUGCAUGACCUUUUACAUCAAAUGUGCAUAUCACUUACAACCUUAAACAGAAUAAGAUAUAUGCUGAAUAUUGCAUGUGCCUUAGAAUACUGUCACAGCAGGAAGAUACUUCAUCUUGAUGUAAAGCCUAAGAAUAUUUUACUCUCCAUUUCGGCUAACAUCUGUAAAUUGUGUGAUUUUGGAUGCUCAGUUCACAUCGAUGAUUUGGAUUUUCUUCAGACAAAAAACUUGGGAGUUAAUACUAUAUGUUACACUGAUCCUCAAUUGUUGUGUGGUGAACGACCUUCACCCAAAUCUGAUGUGUAUUCAUUUGGUAUCACCAUGUGGCAAGUGAUAUCCAAUGAAGUGCCUUACGAAGGAACAGAAGGUCAUACAAUUAUAUACAAGGUUGUUUCAGAAAACAUGCGUCCAAAAGUAAUGCAGGGAACAACUCAAUAUGAUAAAAGAUACAUUGAUCUGUAUCAAAUGUGUUGGAAUGCUCAGCUAAAAUUAAGACCUGAGAUGACAUUCAUUGUUGAAGAAAUUAAAAAUCUACUAAGAGAGAAGGAGUUAGAGAAAAUUGAUGAUGAACAAUUUAGUUAAUGUUGGUCAUUUCCAAGCAUCAUGACUUCUAGCAAACAUUAAAUUUGUCAAAUGGAGCUUCAGAAACAAGAUUGCUCCAUUUUCCUUAAAAGUUCUAACUGAGAGGUAAUCAUGUCUAUCUGGAUAGAGAACUCGGAAUCAAUAUAGGUGUUUUGUUAUUUUUAAUGUAUUCUAUACUUGAAGAACUUGCUAAACAAUCAGUAUUUUUCUUCUUCUUAAUUUUGUAACGGAUUUCAUUUUAAUUGAACAGCUUGAUAUUUAUUGACCUUUUAUGUAUUAAAUAGAUGUGGUAUUUACAAGUCUCAUUCAUAACUAUUGAUACAAUUUACAUAAUAGUAUUGAACUACGUUUCAGUUUACUUAGAUAAUGAAUCAUGAGAAAUGUGUAUAGAAACAAGUGUUAUUCAAAAAGGAAAAUAAAUGUCCUAAAAUUAGAUAAGUGACAAAGGCCAGUUAUGUAAUUUUAUAUUUUCACAUUUAAAUUUGUACCAAAAUAAAUAAAUCCCUGUCAAUACAUUUAGUAUGUGAAAAUAAGCAAGUUAAUUAUUUAUAGUAGUAAUUAAAAGUCCAUAUUUAUUAUUCUGAUAAUUCUACAUAAUAUAAAUAUUUUGCAUUAUUUAUUUGUUAUAAUUUCUCUGCUUUAUUUUCCUAUAAUUACAGUCACUCUCUUACAUGUUUGUUAACUUUGUCAUACAUAUCAGGAAAUGCUUCAGUUGCAUUCAAUUUAUUUCUCAUUUGCUUGUAUAAACUAAAGUCAAACAUUUCUUCAAAUUCUUCUCUCGUAGCAUAAGUAUCUGCAUACAACAUCUGGAAACUAUUCAUGGAAUAUUGAAAUGGUUAUCAUAUCAUAGCUUUUCUGGAAUACUGUUGUGACUCAAGAAAACUUUUGAGGUAAACUGGUUCCCUAAAAUAUUUUUCACGAGAAAUAAAUGUGUAUUCCCGGCACUACACUAAUUGCUACUGGGAAGCAAAUGCAUCACUAUUUCAUGGAUAGAGAUUGACAUUUAGUUUUAUGGAAUAAUGUUGCCCAAAUAUUCAGUUUUAUAAAAUUAAUUUUCAUAAAAGUAAAAAAGUAACAGAUGUAUACCGUUUUUUAAAAUAUAACCUGCAAGGUGAAUUACUUAUUGUUGAUUAAUGAGAAACUAAUGAAUUUGAGGAGAAAUUAAAUCAUGCUCUCUGGUACAAAACAGGUCUUCUUGAUACAACAGUAUUCUAGAAACGUAAUGAUGUAUUAAGAAUUGAAACUACUGUUAAAAAGCAAGUUAAUAUAAUAAAAUAUUGAUGACAGCCACAGCAA